AACGGUUGGGUGAACUUGUAAUGCUAUAUGUUAAGAUCAUACAAAUAGCGUUAUUGACGUCUAACGAUUAAACGUAUAGAAGCAAGGCAAGCUACUGAAAUCACACAUACCUGAUUGGGAGUGUCAUAGUUACCCAGUCUACGUGUUAGACAAGUUAAUAAUUGGAUUUUACGUCGAGUGGCAAGACCCUUCCACAUGGAGCUUAAUGUUUUGAUUAUUAGUCUCGUAAGCUACUUAGCACAUUUUAGUGAUGCAGAAAAUUAUACUGUGAAAGCUGGAGACCCUUUUAAAUGUAGAACAAGAACAAAAAUGUUAAAAUAUGCUCUAGACAGGACUCUCAAAUGGACUUUAACAACCGCAAAUGGAUCAAAUAUAGACAUAUGUAGUUGUAAUUACAGAUGGGAAAACGAUAUAUAUGACAAUCCGGAAAACAACUUCAGAGCCUUUUGUAUGUUGUGGGACGGUGCCCCAUGGUUCGGCUAUUCCGUCUGGUCCGAUUUGAAAGUUAACCACGUAAAUCAAGAGAUGCUAAACCUGACGUGCUCAACUGAUCAGGGCUUAUUGAUCGAUUAUUGUCAAUUAGAAGUCAUAGCUACUACGAUACAGCCCACGGCACCUAAACCAGAAAAUAUCAACAGUUAUGUUCUGAUUCCAAGUGUUUUUGCCGGCGGCUCAUUGUUAAUGUUAAUUUUGUUUUGUUGUCCCAUUCUUUGUUCAAGACGAAAACCCAUGAACACUACAGAGACUGUAGACAUCAGCGAAAACAAUACUGUGUCGACUGUUUCGCAAAAUUCAAACUCGCAAGAGGAAAGUAAUGCACGUGACAUGAACCAACGUCAUCUAAACCGACCGUUCAACUUACCCAGAAUACAAUUUCGUUUACCUAUAGAUAGCGCAACGUCAUCGGAAAACGAAAACCAACGACAUACAACGACACCAAUAGAUUCCUCUCCUCGUCAUACGACGGCACGACACAACAACCCUCUAUUUAACAUGUCACAAGAAAACGACACAACACGCUACAUACGCUACAUAAGGUCGCAGCGAAUCUUCAAUUUACAGCGAAGCUGCAAUUCACAGCGACCCUUCAAUCCACAGCGAAGCUUCAACCCACAGCGAACUAACUCAGUUUUUACUAUUGAGCAAAUUUCAGCCGUGUACCAGACAGAUCAGAUAAUGGAACUGAACCCAACAAGCCUGGAACCACCGUCCUAUACAAGUCUCUUUCCCACAAACCCCCCUCCAUACCACAGUCCUUUUAUUUGAUGCUUUUUAAUGUUUCCGAUUCUCUAUUAGGUUAAUUGAUUAAUAAUUUGCUGACUGCAGUAACGAGAGAAGUAAUUUUAUUACUGAUUAGUUAUAUUCCUCUUUCUCAUUGUCAGUCAUUGAUAGAUGUAUGUUUAAUACCUAUAAAUAUAGCAUGUACGAAAGCGUAACAAACUGUACAUCCCUUAUGUUAUAAACUAUAUACAUUAAAACAGACGUUGUUGAUAACUGUACAUAUAUUUGAACAUGUUUUCUAAAAUUGGAUAAUAAAGCACCUUAAACGCAUAGCAUACUAUUAACAUACAUAAACAGUAUCGUAUCAUUAACAGUUAAAAGUAUUGUUAUUACAACGCAACAAUAAAAAAAUAUUUGUCACCAGCUUUUCUAUCAUGAACGUGUAAUAUAGAUCACAAAAUUUUCAUAUGUCGCAAGUGUUUUAUUGUCUUUUUCAAUCAUGUUUUUUUUUAUUUUAAACUAAUUUAGUGUUGAUGCAAAAAAAAUAAAAAAAUACUCAAAAUGUAAUAAUAGUAUGUUCGAGGAAUGACAAAGGCAAUGGUAACAAAUAUUCAAAAAAACAACGAAAAGCACACUGAAAUCAGGUUCAACAGACUAUGUGGCGUAUAACAUGUUGAAACGUUUCACAGCAGUAUCAUUGAUUAUAAAAGAAUAAUAAAAUGUUUGAAACUGUUCAUAUCAAUUACUAGAGAAAAAGAUUAACAACACCAACACUAACAUUUGCUGCAUUUAAUGCUUUCUUUAAUACUUUUACUUAAGAAGGCGAAUUUGUUUUUCUUUUAUUUUAGUGCAUUUUAAAUAUUACUAUUAUAAAUGCUUUUUUAGGUGUUGUAUCAUUUAUUACAAGUUAGUAUUUAGUUACAACUUGUAUGAUUAAAAUAAAGAAUUAAGGACAAGUAAGUACAAAAUAAAAUAAAGUUUAAGUAAAAAUGUCAAAAACAAAACCAAUCUACGUUAAAAUUACCGCUCCAACAAUUUAAAACAUUAAUUUUCACUACUAAUACAUUUAAAAAUGUAAUAACAUCUUUGUCGAUGUUUUUAAUAAUAUUGUAUUGGUUAAAAAACAAGUGCCAAAAAAGAAAAUAAACUGACUGUGUAGUUUUUUUAUUAUCAAUAGCAAAAACUGCACGUCUUUGCUUUUUCAAUAAACGUCAUUUUUAGUAC